AUGGCUGGAUACACUGAAGAGUGGGUCGAUGUGCAGAAAAACACCUUCACUAGAUGGGCCAACACGUACCUGUCGCGCAAGCGCAUGACGAUCGAGGACUUGUACGAGGACCUGAAGGACGGGAUUCGACUCAUUUCGCUGCUGCAGAUCGUCUGCCGUGAGAAAGUGUGCCGUAAAUACAACAAGAAGCCGCGCAUGCGGAUCCAGAAGAUGGAGAACCUCAACUUUGCUUUUGCGUUCAUGCAAAAGAAGAAUGUCAACGUGACGAACAUUGGCUCGUCCGACAUCCUGGACGGUAACAAUAAGCUCGUGCUCGGACUUAUGUGGACGCUGAUUAAGGCUUUUCAGGUCGCCGAGAUUGACGUCGAAGGCGUCUCGGGCAAAGACGGUCUGCUGCUUUGGGUCAACCGCUCGCUGGCGGACUACCCGUCUGUGGUCGUGAAGAAUUUCUCAAGCAGCUGGGCAGACGGCAUGGCCUUUUGCGCUUUGAUCCAUCGAUACGCGCCCACGCUCAUUGACUUUAGCUCGAUGGACCCGAAAGACCCGCAGACGAAUGUCAAGCUUGCGUUCGACAUUGCGCGCGAAAAGUUACGUAUCCCGCAACUGCUUGAGGUGGAAAACGUGGCAGGACAGGCCAAGCCCGAUGAAAAGAGUAUCACCACGUACGUUUCCCUGCUCUUCAAGGAGUUUGCAUCCGGCGUGCAGAAGAAGAAGGCCGUGACGACGAUUUCCAAGGCGUUGAACAUUGCGCAGCGCCACCAGGAACUCGCAGCGGAAUUCGACAAGAAUGCGUCUGGUUUGCUCGAAUGGCUCCAGCAGCAGACGGAACGUUUCCAGACGCUCAGCCAGCCUCGCCACAUUGUUGACCUGAAGGAAGCACUGGCUUUUCACCUUGACUACAAGAAGAACGAGAAGCCGCCGCGCGAGGCUCAGUUUGUGGCAGUCGAAGGUUGCGCUGGGCGUUGGAUUGCCAGUUGUAAGAACAAUGGGCGCGCGGUACCGAACUUGGACCCACCGAUUGAGAAAUUGCAGUCGCUUAAGGCUCAGCUUGAUGAGCUGGAAACGGCUUUUGAACUGAAACUGCGUCAGAACCUGGAAAGCUACCAGAAGACGGAGAUCUUUCUUACAAAGGUGGUCAAGGAUCUGGAGAAAGUGGAGGCUUGGGCCACGGAAAAGGAGGCGCUGGCUCUUUUUGCCGAAGACAUGCAGGUCAAUUCCACUGUUGACGCCGAAGAGAAGCUUGAGAGCGUUUCUUUUCUGCAGGACAUUGAGCUUCCGCGGUACAAGCAGCUUUUGGCUUCGGUCGUCUGCGAAGCCGACGGACUCUCCGAGGAGCACUUGGACACGAAAGCCACACUGGAACGACUGGAGUCGAUGAAGAACUUUGUCGCAAUGGUGGAAAACAAGGUUGAGAGCGUGAAGGCUCGACUGGAGGAACGGCUCCGUUUGCAACAAAGUGUGGACGCUGUGGCCAAGGAUGCCAAGGCACUGAUACGCAAUUUGAAGUACGUCAUCGAGGAGAUGGAUGAGGAAGUGGAAGCGGCUACGAAGCUAGAGGAUGUGUCUACUGCUGGUGUAGUUGCUGCCAAGCACCAGUUUGACACUGUGUUGGUGCCCAAGGUUCAGAACGCCGUUGUGACCGAGAGCGAGAAGCUUUCCGAGAAGAGGGAGAUUUUGGAGGAUGCUGGUCGCACAAGCGAAGUAGCCCUUAUCGACAAGACGAAUGCUCGCGUGCAGAAGCUCUUGGACUCGCUGGCCGAGAAGCGUGGAUACUACGAAAAGGAACUUGCAACAGUUGAGAAACGUGAUGAGGUGUGCCGUGAAUUUGCGACGCUGUCUACCCGUAUCAAGGAACGAUGCGCGCAGAGUACGCAGUCGAUUAACAUUGUGGAGGGUUCGCUCAAGGACCAGUAUAAUUCGAUGGUGAACCUGCGCUACCGACUGUUUCGAGCCAGUACCAGUACUGUGGUCGAAGAAGACGUCGAGGAGAAGCUCAGCGAGCCUGAGAUUGCUGGAGUUGAGACGCCUGCUGGCGGGGAGGCUGAGAAGUCUUCGUUUGGCACUGAGGCUGCAAUUGUUAAUAUGGCGGAAACGAAUGCAGCGCAGAUUGAGGAGGCCAAGGCAAAGACGGAGCAGCUCAUCGUCCCUCUCACGGAAGAUAUGGAGCAGCUGGAGCGCAUCAACGAUGAGCUGGAGCGGCUGCAAGUGCACACGAAUCCGUUCACGACGGACACGAUCCAUGGGCUGCGUGCCCAAUUCACUUCGCUUGAGACGGCCGUGCGUGCCAAGGUCAAGUCGCUGGAGAAGGAGUUGGUGCUGAGCGAGUUGGGCAGCCUUACUCCUCAGCAGGCGAAAGAGAUCAAGGAAGUGUUUGACCAUUUCGAUCUGGAUGACGACGGAGUCCUCGCUCGCGACGAGUUCAUUAUGGCGUGCAAGGGUCUCGGUCUCAGUCUGAGCGAGGACGACUGUCACGAUUACUUCGACAAGAUCGACGACGAGGACAACGACGAGAUUACGUUCGACCAGUUUUCUACUUUCUGCACGGAGCAGCUGCAGAGCGGAUCCACGAAAGGCGACGUACACGAGGCGCUGGAUAUCCUCACCGGCGAGCAGCUGACGCUUGAGCAGAUUGGGGAGCGUUUUGACGCGUCGCAGGUCGAGUUUAUCAAGAAAAAUGCACCGGAGCUCUUGGAGGCGGACGGCAAGUCUGUCGACACGAAAAAGUUUACGGAGUUCAUUUUUAGCGUCUGA